GCAUCCUUCGGUCCCACGACGUCUCUACUCCCUCGAUCCCUCUAUGUCUAUCUCUUCGCCUCCUUCUCUGCUGCGUCUGGGCUCUUGGCGCACUACGCCUUCGUCGCCCCCCGGCUCCCCGUCCCCCCAUCCCCCAGCCGUCUCCCCAUCCCCCAGCCCCCGUUGCGUCCUGUCCGGAGAAAGCGCCGGCAGUGCCAACUUAUCGCCAUCGCCCGUGUGGAAGUUGGGAGAUCCCCGAUCUGAAGUUGGGAAACCAGAUUAAAAGAUUUUGUUGUCUUCGUGGGUUCAAGUUUAGCAGUGGUUCCCAAGAGGAAACCCCCCGCCGCCGGCGGCGGCGACGACGACGAGACAUUGGAGGAAGCUGUCCACACACGAGUUGCUCUACAAGGCGAGGCCAGUGGAGGAUAGGCAGCGGCACACGAUCAUUGCGUACGUGCAAGGGGUUUUCUUGACUACCCUGGACUCGAGCUGCCGCUGCCACCGUCAAGUCUAGGUUAUGACUCCUGAACAUGAUCUAAUUAUUGAUUUUUGGAAAAGAAUGGUGUUCUCCAGUACUGUUCAUCCUCUUUUGGUGUUCCAAUAUGUAUGCAGCAAUUUGACUGAUUCGAGUGGCAUCCAAGGGAAUUUAUUAAUGUGCACAUAUUCAUUUGGUCCAUAUCUCAAAUUAACAAAAAGCCACGCUCAAGCAGCACCACCUGCAUAUGGGAGUGUCCCUAAUACCCUGGUUAUUGCAACUUGUGAAAUUGUCAAGCCACGGCUUGCAGCUGCAGAGCACAUAUCACAGUUCAAUGAGGAUGCACGAUCACCUUUUGUAAAGAAAUACAAGACUAUCAUUCACUCAGGAGAGAUCACUGAACUUGAAUAGUCCUCCAUCAAUUAUGAUCUUUUUGUGGGGAAAUAAAUUAUGAACAUUACAUGUUCUGUCAAGACAAGGUUAUAGUUUUGCUGAACAUUCUCAUGCUACUUUUGCUCAUGUUAUUUGCUCGGCCCCACUAAAGAGUAUCCUGGUGUCACAGGCUUACUUAAAUUUCACAAAGAUACCAGUGAACGACUACCUAGGUGCACCCAAGAUCUGAAAACGUAAUUCAAUUUAGACCUACAAAAAUGCUAUCAAUUGAUCUAAUUUCACCUGAUAAUUUGUUUACGCAAAACCCUAGAUUUUAUCAACCAUGUUAUUGAACCAUUGAGGAAGGCAAUGCUAUCAUCCACUUGAUGCAACUCCUAUCCUUCCAUUCCCUGUUCAGGAUCACAUUUGCUCAGCCCCACUAAAGAGUAUCUUUGUUGUUCAUCACAUCUAUUUAUUAAUUAAUUGUAAUGCAAGAUAAAUGUAACUUCUCUUAAUAAGAUAACUAUCUUGAUGUUUACAAGUUGCUUUUGUCUUGAUUAUGUAGUUUCCUAACAUACAACAACUUCAACUUGAUAAUUGGCCACUCAAGCAUGAAUGACGAUGUAGAUGGAAAUGGUUAUACAUAUACUAUGAGAUUUACAAGUUUUUUGUUUUAUUU